UCGCAGAAAUUGCAGCAUUUUUCUUUUAAAUCAAUCUUCAUUUUCUUGUGCUAAAAUGUGAAAUAAACUAUACAUGAAAGUUUGAAUUAUGUAUGUGUUUAGUCCACGGUAUUUGUCUGUUGUAUUUAUUAUUUUUUACUUACUAUAACUGCUCUAAUUGGAUCUGUCAAAAGUGUAGGAGUUUGUGGCGAACACAAUAAAUUAAUGCUCUAUCAUUCCAUCUGAUGGAGUAUUUUGUGUCGUUAUAGUCAUUCUCAUCGCUUAAUUAACAUCUAGAUAGUUUCGUAACGCGCAUACGUUGUUAAAUAGUAGGGCGUGUGUGUACGAUACACGACACAUCUGGUGAUCGUUCGGCACAACAUUAUAACGCAUUCUGGUAUUUCUAGUUUAUUUAAUCGUCCUAUCUAUCGCAGAUCGUUGUAAAUACGUAUUCAUUAUGGAAUAAAUCUAACUCUCAUUCGAUUUGUGUUAGUAAAUAAAUAUUUUUAACAUAUUAACAUUGUAUUUACAUACUUGCAGCCUUCCAUAUAAAUAAUUUGAGAUAUUUCGAAUGAAUAGUGUUGUGAUGAGUGUUUCAAGUUAUUUUGAUCAUUGCUUCCACUAUAUUUUUGAGUGAUAAAGCUGUAAAAUGGCAAAGAAGUCUGAGAACACUGGUGGGAAGCUGAUCACAGUAUCUGUAGUUGGACUUUCUGGCACAGAGAAAGAAAAAGGGCAGCUGGGAGUGGGCAAGUCGUGCCUGUGCAACAGGUUCGUUCGAACCCACGCUGACGAUUACAACGUCGACCAUAUUUCCGUGCUCAGUCAGUCCGACUUCAGCGGUCGUGUGGUCAACAACGACCACUUUUUAUACUGGGGCAGCGUCCAAAAAGAUAAUGAAGAACAAGAGUUUAGAUUUGAGAUCGUCGAGCAAACGGAGUUUGUUGACGACGCUUGUUUUCAGCCGUUUAAAGUCGGCAAAACGGAGGCUUAUGUCAAAAGAUGCGUGGCCACGAAGCUGCAGUCAGCAGAGAAACUCAUGUACGUCUGCAAGAACCAGCUGGGCAUUGAGAAGGAAUACGAGCAGCGGACUAUACCGGAUGGGAAGCUGUCCGUAGACGGGUUUAUGUGCGUGUAUGAUGUGAGCCUCGUGCCGGGCCGAAGCUGGGAGAAGCAGAACGAAGCCCUUGCCACAAUUCUUCAAAACAUCAUCAAACUGAAGAAACCCGUGGUCCUGGUCACCGCAAAGAACGACGAGGCCUGCGAGCAAGGCGUCCGCGAGGCCGAAAGACUGGUUCAACGGAAGGAGUUCAAAGGAUGCAUACCUAUUGUUGAGACCUCAAGUCAUGACAAUGUUAAUGUGGAUCAAGCAUUCUUCCUACUGGCUCAAAUGGUUGAUAAAUGCAAAGCGAGAAUUAAGGUGGCCAACUAUGCUGAAGCCCUGCGGAUAAGGAGAGAGACCUUGGACUUCGUGACGGAGGCUUUCACGCAACUCAUCAGGAUACACGUCCAGGACCACAAAGAGAUGUGGUCCGCAGUCAGUAAGAGACUGUGCCAUCAUCCAGAGUGGGUGAAAUUUGUGCAGCAGUUCGGAAACGACGGCACCCAGGUGGUGUUCCGGCGCCACGUCCGACGGCUGAAGGAAGAGAAGUCAGCCAAGAAGCUUCGUAAGCAACUAGCCAAGCUACCUCAAGUACUGGCGCGAAUGCAACUUCCCACUGAGGAGCUUAACGAGAAUGACUGGCCGAUGGUGGUCCGGCAGCUGCGCUCGCACCGAGAUUUCUCCGUGUACUUCAGCGGAGCCCGAUGCACGGAGUCGGGCUCCGAGUCGGGCUCAGAUGAUCUCCAGCAUCAAGACACUCUGCCAGUAGGCGAGCGAGCGAACAGAUAUCAGACUUUGGGACAGUCACAGAAGAUUCCAUACGAGAUUCUUGAGACGAACGAAGCAGCUUCCGUUUUCAAGACUUUCUUACAUGAGGCUCAAGAGGAACAGAGAAAUUACGAAUGGUGCCAACAAUUCAAGCGGCUUCUCGAAGAAACCGGCUACGUAACUCCCGGCAAGCAGCUAUCCGAAGUGCGAGUCCUCCUAAUGGGCAGGGAGUGUUACGAGGCUUUAUCAGAGGAGCAGCAACAGCGAGUGUACGACCAGCAUCAGAGGCAUAUACAGCAGCGGGCUAAACAUAACUUGCAGGAGCUACUGUUAGAGCAUGCUGACCUGUUCUACCACUUCAAAAGCAUUUCGCCGACCGGCACCAUCACUCAAGAGGAUAUCAAGGAGAUUACUGAUGUUUUGCAAGAUGACUUCAGAUAUAAAAUGCUGGAUCGUAUGGAGCAAGAUCGCAAGCUGAUGUUGUUUCAACAUCUUGGCUUUGUCCAUUGUCCGAUGCGCGAGCAUUGUCCCGCCGGACCCAACUGCCUGGAUGCCACGUUACCUGUCAUACUCAACACCAGAGUCGGUUCGCUGACGUCGACGGGCGAGUCGCAGUGCCUCGCGGGCCCGCCGGCGGCGCCCUGGGCGCUCACCGCGGACUCCAACCAGAUCAACGUUAUCAUAUUGGGCGUGGAGGGUGUAGCAGGAGAGUUCGGCAAGCGUCUGCUAGCCGGGUGCGACUCCGACAAACGGGUGUCCGUUCAGAAUCUGCUGUGGCGCGUCGAGCAACGAGUCCGGACUGACGACUUUAGUGCUGAAACUACUAAUAUUGAUGACUUCACGCCUAAUGGUUACUUCUGCGUGUAUCAAGAUCAGGAAUCGUUCGAGUACAUUCGUGGAUGUGCUGAGAAAACGCUACUUUCCAGCCUAGAACAGGAAGACAAACUGCCUUUCCAAGGUUUACCGCUCGUAGUAAUGUUCGUUCAAGACGAAGGCAUGGAUAAAAAGGAGAUUAUGAGGCUACAGGAGGAGGGACAGAAUCUUGCUGAUAAUCUUCACUGCUCAUACAUGGAGGCGGCAGUGAACGAGUUAGGCACCGAAGCCCUAACGUCAGAUGCUAUUCAAGAAUUAGUACGUGCCAACAGAGAGAAAGCUAGCUACGCCCAUCUUUACAGAGACCUUAUUGUUUGCUUCGACUCCGAUAUACGGAUAAUGGUGUGCAUGUUCUGUGAUGACCCUUAUUCGCCUGAACGUGUGCUCAGCCCGCUGCUACUGCAUCGGGCUUGCUUCCUGACCGGAGACCGUUCCAUAGUUAUUGAGACCUUCUUGGGAGACUCUAAGAGGAAAGUUGAGGUUAUAAUUUCGAGUUUUCACGGAGCGACGCAGUUUAGGGAGGAGUUGAUACAUGGAUUUAUAUUGAUAUAUUCAGCCAAAAGAAAAGCAAGCUUAGCAACGUUGAACGCCUUCUCAAUGAACAUACCAAACCUACCAAUACAAAUGGUAGCGGUAACCGACGGCGGCGGUUCCGCGGCCAACGCGUUCUUCGGCACCGACCUCGGCCACGCGCUCAUCACGGAGGGCAACGCCACCGCCGACCGGCUCGCUGCUCACUUCACUACAUACACCAGCAGUGCUGAAACUAAAUCUGCGUUCUACACACCGUUCUUCAAAGAGGUGUGGGAGAAGAAGGGCGAAAUCGAACGCGCAUUCCGCAUGGAACAGCCUCACAACCUGCCCGACGUCGCCACAGCCCGCCCUGCAACGUCGCAGCAUCGUCAAGCCGGCUAUCACAGGAUGGAUCACAAACUUACCAACUCGCUGGACCUCCUCAUCGGGCCGGACUCUCGCGCCGACAUCGACUCCGAAUACAGCGACACACUCAACAACUCCAAGAAUAGAGGCUUCUUAAAAGGAUUCAGCGUGUACCCGCCGCCGAGCACGCCCCCGGAGCCGGCGCCGCCGGACCACCGGAUACACGCCGAUCUAUCACAUGGAGGUGGAGUAUGGCAGCCGGCGAGCUACGGACACCGCGCCUUCACCACGGGCCGCGCGCGCCCGCACCCGCACCCGCACCCGCCUCCGCCGAGACAACGCCACUCGCAAACGCUCAAGCAACCCGGUAAACUGGACAUGAACAACUAUGCGAUGGUCAGUGAUGCCCUACAGCAAAUCACUAUAGGGCCGCCGCAUCCCAGGGAGAGAAAGUCGCAACGGUCAGGCUGGUCACAUUCAGGUGGUCAGCCUGGCGGUCACCACCACCAUCCAUCGGGCGUAAGCUCUGAGACGGAAUUGGACGCACAAUACGCACAGAUAAAAGAAUCAAAUGAGUACAUGGAGGCACCAUCUAUGAUGAGACUAAGAAGACAUCGGAGGCAUGAGAAAACACCCAUGCAUCAGCCUUCAUUUUCAGAGACCGACAGCUCCGGAUCCAGCGAAGCCUCCGGCGGCGUCGCGCGCGCACACGCGCGUAGACGCACUCAACACCACGCACCUAGACAUUACAAGAAACGGUCCUUAGGCAACUUAGUGGCUGUACAGAGUCCUAGGGUGCCUAAACUGGGCAUGUUUGUGGGGCCGCCUGAACUACCUACGAGUUAUAGAGCGAGAACUCAAGAGGAUAAAGCGGCGAGUGAGUCCAGCUCGGGCAGCUCGGACGGCGACUCGCGGCGCCGCGAGCCGCGCCCGCUGCCGCCGCCGCCGCACCCGCCGCCACACCCGCCGCAUCUAGAGCCCACCCUCAAGAUGCUGGCGGGCGAGUACCCGUCAUCGGCACAGGACAACUCGUCAUCUAGCGCGCCCGACACCAGGAGAAGGCACCAUCCCUUCAGCAAGCAUGAUCGCAGGCAUAAGGAACCCUCGAAAAGCAAAGACUCGAAGAAGAACUCAUCACAAAUGGCGAGUACGGCCUCAGCGGCGAAUUGGGGACCUCAGGGAGCGCACGGGGUUCCGCUAUUCGUGGAGAAAUGUGUGCAGUUCAUCGAGAGGGAAGGGCUCGCCUCCGAAGGCCUGUACCGGGUGCCUGGUAACCGGGCGCAUGUUGAUAUGCUCUUCAACAAGUUUAACGAAGAUCCCAACGUGGACCUGGAUUCUCUAGACAUCCCGGUGAAUGCUGUGGCUACUGCGUUGAAGGAUUUCUUCUCGAAGAAGUUACCGCCGCUAUUAGACGAGACUAGCAUGGAACAGUUAGAAGAUAUAGCGGCAAUGCGCGGCUGCAUCGCGGGUGGAGUGGAGCUCAAGGACCGCAGCUGGAGACUGCUGGCGCUGCGCUCGCUGCUCAACAACAGCCUCACGUGCGUCGCGCGCGCCACGCUGGACUACGUGCUGGAUCACUUCGCCAGGGUGGCAGACAACUCCAAGCUAAACUCCAUGGACAGCAAGAACCUCGCCAUCUGCUGGUGGCCCACGCUGCUCCCGGUCCAGUUCUCGGACAUGGGCCGCUUCGAGAUGACGCGGCCCUACCUCGAGGACAUCGUGCAGACCAUGAUCGACCAGCACCCCUUCCUGUUUCGAGGGCAAGAAGCAUUCGUCAUGGUGUGAGACACGCCUGAACCCACAAUGCAGGUUGCAUUCGUGUUGGAAGGCGUGUGACGCGGUUGUACGGACGUGUCUACGUUCCCAGUGAGUUAUAUACGCUAGCGUAAGGUCCGCUAUUUAUGUACGCAAUAUUAGCCUUUAUUCAUACAGCCUGAGGUAGACCCGAAGGCCUACCGCGAAUACCGAAGCUCGCAAAUUGCGAACAUCUUUCUCUUUUACUCCAAUUAAGGCGUAAUUAGUUAGAGAAAGAUGCCCGCAAUUUGCGAACUUUGGUAUUCGCGUUAGGCCCUCUGGUUUCGGCACCAUAAAGUCAACUUUAUAUAUGAGGACUUAAAACUGUUUUUUGAUUGGCUCGAAAUCAAUGAAAGCUUUGGGUGCUAGUAUGUUAGAUUUAUACCAUAAAAGCUGUCACUUUCUAACUUGUGCGGUAUGAAAGAAAUGGUUUUAACCACAUACUGGCACUUCUGGUGUAUUGUUCCUUUUUCGGUAAGGUAAGGAAAGCAUUAGAAAGUCUGAAUUUAUAAUUGUAUAUGAAGAGACGAUACAUCAGAUUUUAAACAUUAUUAUAGUUUGUUUUGUAUGUCUGUCGAUAUUUCAACUUUUAUAAUUUUAUUUUCGAAUAUGAGAUAAUUUAUAAUCAACCGUUUUCAUAUCAGUAUGCUUAGUAAUUAAAAGCGGGAAUGCUUGCAAUUUUCGGCUUUACGAAAUAACGAUAGACGAAUUUCUUUCGCAUUUGUUUUUGAAUCAAAAUCAAAUCAGUAUUUUAACUAGGUGUUAUUCAAAUUAUAUCGCAAUUUAUAUUAGCGUUAAGAUUGAAAUUCAUGCACAAACUAUUUAAUGGAAAACAAGUUUUCUAAGCGUUAUGAUAAAGCAAUGACAACACCAUGUAAAGCCGCGGUUUUUGAACGAAACUCAAAACGCUGCCAUUAAAAAAAAGUUUUUAUCUAUGGUUCUUUGCGUUUUGCGUUUUGUUCAACGCACCGCACCUUAAUGAGCACAUUCCGUUCAGUCGUAUAAAGUAAAAUAAGUAAUUGUUAAUUAUAAAUAUUUUUAGAUAGUGAUAUUCGCGUAAUCGUUGUUUUUAAUCGAUAUCAUAGGGAUCGGUGUUGAAAUGCUUGCGGAGUUUUUGAAUGUUUUUUUUUUAAGAAGUCGAUUCAGGCAUGUUAUUCGUAAAAUGAAGUGUCAUUUUCCUUGUCUAUCGAUGUGAGAUAGACCAAGAGCGUAUUUUUACCGACUUGUCUAUAAAAAUAAAUUUGAGUUUGAUUUUGAUCUCACCCCGCUAAUUUUCUUCCAGAAAUAAAUAAAUAUUUUAACAUCUUUUUACAAUAAAUAAUAGGUUUUCACUAGACUUAUAACUCAAAACUCUAAUAAUAGGUUUUGUUCUAGUCGUCGUCACUACGCGGAAAUUUCUUUAUUUUCCCCUCACCCUCCCACUUAACCCCGCAAUUUAUUAUUUGUAUAUUUUUCUGCCAUGUCUGAACGGCUCAAAGGACAUUUUCCGUCCUUUUCAUCCAUGACAAACCGUAAUAGAUGAAAUAUGUAGAUACACGCUAGAUAGAUUCGUGUUACACAUAAAAAUCUUGCCUAAUUUUUGUAAUUUUUUUUAAACCUCGUUACCAGUCCUUUUAUUAAAUCUUCCGACAUUCUUGUUUAUUUCGAGUAAAAAAAGUCGUCGUUUGACUUUACAGUGCCAUUUAUUUAAAAAAAAUAUUUAAAGUUUAUGAAAAAAAUAUUCAAUAAAGUGGGAACUUUUUUGUUAAAAUUUGCUUGUAUGAAAAAGUUUGACAUUUCUCUUAUAGAUGACCACCGCCAUAUUUAACGUUAAUCAAUUCGUUGUACGAUCAAGGAAUUUAAUUUCAGUACCACUUCGUGCCUAAGUCACAGUGACAAUAGUAUAAGGUCCCUAGCGACUUUCAUAAUAUUGAUUGUAACUGACAAGUUACGAAAUCUUACGGAAAUUAAAUUAUUUGACUGUAUGUUCGUUGAUUUUGAACGGCGCCUGCGCAACCUGCCGUGCGUCGCUUCUACCACAGUCAAACUUAAAAGUCAAGUAAACACAUAAUACUCAUAAAAUUUAGGGGAAAGUCAACCCUUUUUUAAGUCACCCUUCUUUUUUGUUUGACUUUUUUACAUCUAACAGUAUUUGUUUUUAAAAAUCACUCCGAUCGGCAGCUUACCUUAAAAUAUUCAUUAGACUGAUUUUUCCCAUUUUUUUAAAUCCUUGUAUGUCCGGUUAGUGUUGCAAAUGUAUAGCUGAUGGCCUACAUUGUAUUUAAGUGUUUAAUAUAGACUGACACUGAAUGUGCUACUAUCCUUGCGUUAUCGCCUUCACUGCGAAUGCAGUAUGGACGCGAUAUCGCCUUUCGAGUUAAAUAUAAGGACUUUAUAGCCCCUGCACACCGGGUGCGUGUGCGUUGUACUAUACGGAUCUUUAUGAGAGACGGCAUACCGCUUGCGUGACGUGUGCGUGCGCGGCUCCAACAUUUUAGCGCACGUGCAUAUCUACGCACACGCAGCCGGUGUGCUCUGGCCUUUAGGGCGAUUAUAUCUGGCGCAAACUGUGAACCUUUGCCUGCCUUUAAAGCCUUUAAAGUUAGAGCGAGACAGCGAUAACACUUGACUGUUCGCUUGUAUUAUGACCCAAUAAAAUGUCUGUGGCAAAGCAAUAUCGCUAUCUUGCUUUGAUACUUUAUGAGCCAGAGCGCAGCGCAGUUUGUGACAGGUGUGACCUUCGUUUUAUUUGCCAAAUAGAUAUUUAAUUUGACUUUAAAAAAACCCUUUUCUAACAAAAAAUGCAAUUCGAUGGAUUUGUGUUGUUAUGCAAGGAAUCAUUGUAACUACUCAUAAGUAUAUUUAAUAUAUUAGGUGUCUCCAUUAAGUAAGGUGUAUCUAAGUAAGUUUUUAUCGAUAUAAUGUCAUUAUAUCACCGUUUCGCUCGCACACUCGCGUCGGUGGUGACCGAGCGAGUGCGCGAGCGGGACAAAAUAUCAUGUCCAUUAGGGGAGUGAUGUAAAGGAAUUUUUGAUAUUUUACUAUGAAUCGAAAAAUACAUAGAGCCUACCUGUCUACUAAUUUAUUUUUCUAGAAAUUUUCGCUUUUUCUUAGAUCUCACGAAGACAAAAACGCUACUUUAUUUCAAAUAAACUUCCCCUAAUGUUUUUUUCGAAAACGCAAUUAUCGAUAACAAGGCAAUUCGAUGUAAAUAUUGUACAUUUGUUCAAUUUACGUGUUUUAUUUUCGUAAUUUAUUUAUUGAGAUAUUUUUUAUGAGAGUUUUUUUAAAUGGAUAUUUUUGUUAAUUUUUUUUUCAUUUUACGUAUUUUGUAAUUUGUAAUGCUGUCAUUGAUGGAAGCUGUGCCAUUUUUUUAGGAGCGCAAACCCAAGAUAGACACUGCAUUUUAAACUGCAUUAUUGCAAUUGCAAUUCAGUCCGUCUGUGUCGGGUCUUAGAUGUUUUCCGAGAGUUGUGAAUUUUGUAUGGUUGCGUUCGUCCGUUUCGUGUAGGAUCAUUAAUGUUCUUAGUAGAAUCAAUGUACGCUUGGCCGACUGAAGCCUCAUUGCCUGAGUUAUGAUGAUGGGAAACCAUUGAAACUUGGGUAUAGAUGGACGUUUUCAUAUUUGGUAUGUGGAUUUACAUACCAGGGAACGAAACCGGUUUUUUGCAAAAACGUAAAAAAAAACAUUAUACUCUAAGAACAAAUCAAAUUAUUUUCUAUGAAAAUAUUUUAAUUUGUGUUUUUUCAAGUAGAUACACUACUAUUUAAACUAUAAACUGAAAUAAAUGUCAUAUACGAAGGAAAAAAGGACAAAAGGCUUGAGUGUCCAGAGCUGGAAUCGAACCAGCGUCCCCCGUUUACCGGACAGGUGCCUGAACCGCUCGGCUAUCCGGUCACGGUGGCAUGGGUCAAAAUUUCCAAGUAUAUGACAAUUUCCCGAAGGCUGAAACAUUAUGUUUCGAAUUAUUUUAUACUCGAAUUGUUAGACUCAGUUGUGUUUUACGUAACGACUUCGUAUUGUUAGAUUGCCCAAUUAGAAAUGAAAUUAUUAACAAAUAACGAAAAAAUACCGUUUUCGUUCCCAUACAAAAAAUACUGGUAUCCAAUCCCUGUUACAUACUCUACUCUCAUUUGCCAAUAGAUACAAACAAAAUCAUCCCAUAUUUAGUAUAUUAAGAUGGCCUUCUGUCCCUAUUUCCACUGCGCCUUUUGCAUUUUUCAUAGUAUCAGAAACAAGGUUUUAUUAAAACAACACCAAUAAGCAGAUAUAGCUAGACCAAGAUAAGUCUGCAACGAUUUUAAUAGCAUACGCAGUGCAAGUGUUAUUUAUACGCCAUAAUUUCAUAGAAGAUUGACGUUUAAAAUAACACUUGUACUGCGUGUGCUAUCAAAAUCAUUGCAUUAUCUUGGUCUACCUCUAAUAAGCAGUUUGCUUGUCGUUUUAGUGGAAACAGAUCUAUUGAAAAUCUCUUGAUAAAUUCUCUAACAUAAUUGACCUUAGAACACAUAAUAAACCAGUGUGGGCUGAAAUUUAAUCACGAUUGACGAUUAAACGUUCAAUCGCUGUUAAUGAUUAAUAGGUCAAUCGCGAUUGCCGAUUGAUUUUAUUUCAAUCGUUAAUAACGAUUGACGAUUAAUAUGUAUAAUUGUAUACCUACCUAAGUUUCUUUGGGAGCAGCGUUCGGCUCGAAUAAAAUCGUCGAAAUGUUUUGGCUCGAUACUCUCGAUAGGAAUGUGAUGUAAUGUGAUCUGGUCGAGAUUGCCUCUUAGUUAGUAGUUACGAAAGGAAUUGGUCUCCUAUACAUUAAUAUAGGUUAAGAUUAUUGUUAGAACAAGUUUUAUGUCAAAUUUGGUCUGUAGUGUAUGACAGAUGGGGUUAAGGCUAUAGAGCAAACCUAUAUCUACAACUCGAAAGAAAAUAUAUAUAACUAUAACGCGUAACUAUCAUUUGUCGCCGAAGUUAACCUGCCCACUGACUAUGAGUCCGCCGGACGAUAUCGGCUUGUCAGUUGUUCUAAACUGUCAAGUUUUUGUUCUAACACAGGCCGAUAUCGUCCGGCGGACUGAUAGUCAGUGGGCCCCUUUAUGAACAUACAUUUCGGGAACUCGAAUCAGUUGGAUACUUAGUCUUUAGAGCGGCCAUAUAAAGCCGAGCGAAAUUGGUGACAUGAAGUUUGAACGCAACGCGUUUUUACAUUUUAUUUGAUUCCAUUUUGGAAGUAACCUUAACAUUUUGAAUCGAAUGCACAGAUGUUUACCGAAGAGUCCUAGUUUUAUUAUAAUAGUACAAGAAUAUAUAUUUCGUAUGGUUUGUAUUUGUAAGAUGGAAAUGAAAAACUAAACGCCAUAAAGCUAGAGAAUGCCUUUUUGACAUAAAGCUUGUUCUUGUUUUUCUUGAACAUUGGAAACUUAGCGGCCAUGAAGCGUUUUUUUUUUUGACUAGAUAUUUUACUGAUAGUUGACCUAUGAAAGCUAUUCGACACUCUCAAAGGCAUAUAUAAUGAUAUGGUUUACGAUAUUUUACAGAUUUGAUACAAUACAAACAGUAUUAAGUAAAAAAAGGAAAUUCAUAUUAGAUUUAUACACGAAUUAAGAUUCAUGAAAAGGAGUAUGUGGUAUAGCGCGCCAUUUGCGAACCAUUUACUUACAAAAUACCGCUAAAUGUUAGCGUGCAUUUCGUAAUACAAUGCGCGAAAGGUUCGUGUCAAUAUGUCUUUAGAAUGUCGAAGAGUCCUGUAAAGUAUUUGAUUGUUGUGAUAUUGUAUGGCAAAGGAAGGCUCGGUCGGCGCAGAACUCGCUAUGUGCGUCGAGACUGUUCGCAGUUCACAAGAAUGUGGCAUAUUUUAUAAUAAAUAACCAUCUAUGUAAUUA